AUGACCUUUUGGUCGCACACCUUGGACGCCGCUAACAGAGCCGCUGCGGAAAUCGCAGCACUAUGCCGCCUCAGGGCCAACAUGAAGGAACUGAGGCCCAGCAUGCGAAUACUGUUAAUGACGGUGUUCCACUUGAUCAUCCCGUACGGAGCCGAGAUAUUGGCAGCCGCGUCACUAGUCGCGAAGUACCGCAAAACGAUCACAGCGGUACAGAGGAGUGGAGCGUUACGGAUUGCACGCGCGUACCGCUACGUCUCAGAAGCGGCGGUGCUUGUGAUCGCCGGGGUUAUUCCUAUAGAUCUCCUAGACCUCGAGCGAAAAAGUAUCUACGAGUCUAGCGAAGAAAAGGGAAGGACAAUGACCGCCAGAGCAGCAAGGACAGCUGACGAGCUGGCAAACCCGCUGGACCGAUAA